AUGGCGGACCCAAUCUCGAUAACAGGCUUGAUCAUGGAUGUCAGCAACAUCGUGGCUAGCCUGAUCAAUUAUGCCAAAGCUGUGCAGAGUGCCAAGUCAGAAAUGCGCAAAUUAAGCGAAGAGCUAUUUGCUCUCAAGGGAAUUCUUGAGUAUCUGUCGGCUAAUAUGCCUAAUGAUAAGAAUAAAUCCUUUGAAGAAGAGACAGAGCGAGAGGGACUUUGUCUCUUCAACCACGAUGUUGUAGAGAGGGUCUUGAAGACAACGAGUGAAUUCUUACAAGCCUUGCUCAAGGACCUCGAGGAGCCGGCGUCUAGGUUUAGAAAACUCAAACAAAAACUGGAAUGGCCAUUCACUCAAGAUCAAGUCAAUGAACACCUCGUGAGGCUGGAGAGGGUCAAGUCUUGGCUGAUCUUGGUUCUGACUGCCGACCAUGCUACGGCAGACAGGGAGUUACAUCAUGAAAUAGGUGGGCUGGCUAGAACCUUGAAAGAAGAUCUACAACUUCGGCAUGAGGAACGGAAUGAGAAGUUCAAUCAAGAGCUUUUCACAUGGCUGUCACCUGUGAGCCCCUCGGCUUCUCAUCUUCAGGCAUCCAAGGGGCAUCGAGCUGGGACAGGAAAAUGGUUUAUUGAUGGCCAUCUCAACCGAUGGCUACGAGAUACCAUCACCAACAAGCAAGUCUUUUUUCUAGUAGGAAAAUCUGGGGCCGGAAAAACAACCAUUUUCGCCCAAACUGUGGAUGACUUCACUUCAAGAGCCGUAUAUGAUGCCUCGAUAAAUCUAGCCUACUUCUACUGCACUAUCAGCAACACUGCAUCUCAGACGCUCGUGAAUAUUCUAGGCUCCCUGGUGGUCCAACUAUCUGCCUCAGAUCCGUCAAUACUGGAUAAUAUCAAGGCGAGCUAUGAAAAAAUACCUCAAACUUCAGCACAUCGACUCCCCAUCGAGAUACCGACUCUUGAGGAUGCAAUUGUCAAAAGCUCAUCAGAAAAACGACAAAGUCUCAUUUUCGUCGAUGCAAUCAAUGAAAGCCCACAGACAGAGAAGAUUGAGAACUGUCUUUUGAGAUUGGCAACUUUAUCACCAAAUAUCCGUAUCUUCGUCACAACAACUACCACCACCGCUUCUCCCAAGGUAGCGCAUAUCUUAAAUCUCAAUGCGGAUAAAAUGCGAGGAGAUAUUGAUGCAUUUAUCAAAUACCGGCUAGAAAGAGAUGAAACCCUGAGAAGCCUGCCACUGAAGUUGAAGAAUGACAUUGAACAACAUCUGCUUCAAACUGCUGACGGAUCCUUUCGCUGGGUUCAACUAUCAAUGGACAACCUCAAGUCACAAAGAACCGCAAGAUCGAUGCGACAAGCCCUGAAUGAUCUUCCUGGGACGCUGCGGGAAACUUAUGCCACCACAUUAGAGCGCAUCUCUCCAGAGGACUGGCAUUUCGCCCGCGAGGCUCUAUUCUGGCUGUGUUUUGUCCGUAGUCCGCUCACGCUUGCUGAACUUAACGAAGCCGUUGUUCAUGAAGAGCAAUAUACCGUCUUGGAAGAAGACUCUAUGCUUGUUCCUAGGAAUAUUCUUCUUGAGAUUUGCCAAGGACUAGUAGUGCAAGACCAAUCUGGCUUCGUUCACCUCGCACACUCCUCGGUCAAAGAAUUUCUCACAUCUGACUGGAUUUGCACGUCCAAGGUCAGCUACUUUAGUCUAAAUACCACUACUGUUGACGCUACUAUCAUGCGAAAAUGUCUCACCUAUCUAUGUCUUGAUAACUUCAAGGAUGGCUACGUUGCGUCUGGAGAACUUGAAGACAUUCUUGGUCGCAAAAGGCAGCACCCGUUCUUGAGAUAUGCUGCGUUUUAUUGGCCACAUCAUGCAUCCUCCUGUGAUUUUGGAGAGUCCGAGAGAAUGUUAGUGAAUCGUUUCUUUGAUACAAAACACUUAUUCCAUCGUGGGAACUUUGGUGUCUGGGUACAGAUGUUGAUCCCGGGCGUUGAUGCAAGUGUCAUUGAAACAACUCAGCCACUGUACUACGCCGCAUCAUUUGGAAUGGUGUCUGUAGUCAACGCUAUCCUGAAAUCGGACCCUGAAGUUGACAUCAAUGCUCGUGGGGGUCGCGUCGGAGCUACGCCAUUAUUUGCUGCGUGUUGGCGACAUAACUACGAGGUUGCAGAAAUCCUUUUGAAGGCAGGAGCAAAUCCAGCACUUGCGGACCCUGGGACUGGAAGUGACGUAUUUCAUCUUUCUAGAACGUCUAAAUACAAAGCUCUCAGAGGCAUUCUCCGUCGGUGUGGCGCCAUAUAG